UAAAACCUCUACUAAAACUAAAAACUGAAAACCUAAUUAUUGCAGAGAGGUCAUCGUUGAAAAGUCUAUUGCGGUGAUGGAGUGCGGUAGAUUGGUGGGGGCCAAUUUUAGUGUUGAGGUCGAUGAAGCGAAGUUGGGAAAACACAAGUUUAAUCGCGAGAGAGUGGUCGACGGCCAGUCGGUGUUCGGCGGCAUUUGUCGCAAGACGGAGUGCUUCUUCGUUCCUGUACAAGGCCGUACCCAGGAAACCCUCUUCAGUCCUGUCAAGAAGCACGUCGCUCCAGGCACCAUAAUCUACAGCUAUUGUUUCAAGAGCUACGAGUGCCUGGAGCAAGAGGGUUUCCGACACCUGACAGUCAGCCACAAGGAGAAUUUCGUCGACCCGCACACCGGCACCCUGAACCAAUACAAUGGAAUCUACCUGGUGGGCAGUGGGAGUUUGCGCUCUUCCCACACCCAGAAGCAACACUUUGCUGCCUACCGGAGGAAUAUAUUUGACACCGGCAGAACGCCGAUGCUAGUUUGUAUGCUUCCUGAGUUUCAGUAAAAAGACAUAUGUAUUGCUUUUUAGGGCCCUGAACACGAUUUUGCAAUAUUAAAAGUCGCUAAUGGUUAAUUUAGAUGUUACCGCACAUCAUUUCAAGGGGUGGGGGAGGGAGCCCCCCCCCUACAACACAGCUAUUGCGUACUACUCGCUCUGAAUUGACAAAUAGUUCGUCCAUGGAGAUUUGUAGUUGUCUGCUGGUCUUAAGGGAAGACGUCCACUUUUACAACGUCUUGAAAUAAUUCCCAAAUCUAGUCUUGUGCGCAGUUAAGAGGGUCGGUCGAACAACAGCUACACCCCCGUCCAAGUCAAAAAGCAUCGCCUUCAACAGCACUGCCCACUUCCACCUCACUCCCAUCACUCUUAUCAUGAAAAGAUUUCCUUGUGGAACAAUACACUUUACACAAGAAAGAUUUUUGUGGGCAAAGUAAAACAUUCUGUCCUGUGGAAAAGCUAUUGACAAUCCUCAGAAAGUGUCUUUUUUAUUUGCAGUUACUUGUAAAUAUAAUAUAUUGCCAUGUGCAUGUGUGGGUCACAGGGUGUACUUUCAGUAUCGGUUUUGAGUAAUUGUCAGUCCACAAUGCUUUGACAUGACCAAAACUGAGUCGAUAGUGCCAUGGUAAAACACCUAUCGUAUUCAAACAAAUGCUCUCACAUGCAAAGUAAUGAUAUUUUUAAAAAAAUUUCUUAGUUAUUUAUUUUAGAACAACAAAUGAGAGCACACAUUUCAUUUCUCUCAUACUCAACGCUUCUUCUGAUGCAGGGAGACAGUGGACAGUGAAGAAAGUAAAAGUCGCAGUACUUCCACUGGCAGAAAAGGGAGCCUCCGAUGAAGCUGACAGGGGUGGCCAGUCCGCACAAAGUGGAACUUUUUGACCACCUGCUCAAUGAAAUCAAAGAUGACAUGACGACAGAAGACACAAACUUCAGAAAAGCCGUUCCGCCUGAGUUGAAAUUAAUGCUUACCCUGAGGUAAGUGGAAUCAGUGUAGCACUACUGUGCAGUAGUGGAUGGGGUGUAAGACUACCAUAACCUACACCUUCUUUGGGUAGACUCUAAUCCUAUUUUAGCAUCCAAUAUGUGAGGCAGCGUGGCGAAAUCAGACGCUCGUCAAAAUAACGAAAUGGGACAAACAGGCAUUUAAAACACACGUCCAUGGAAAUUUUACUGAAAAACAUUGAUUAAAGGCACUAAAUAUGUCAUUUUUCAGCCUGAUUCCACCACGUCGCGACACAUCAAGUAAUUGUAGUCGUAUGUGUCAGGUCUUACAAUCAGAUUCAUAGAGAGAGGAGAAA